UAAAUUGCUGGCAAACUGUUACACCUGUCCGUAAUAAUAUCGCGUCGGUACUUUUAUGACCUCUUGAAACAGACGGCCGAAAUGCGGUGAUGACGAUUGCGACGUCAUCCGUCGACGUCUCGUGUACGGCGAAUUUUUUGCUCUGUGAUAUAAAUUACCUAAGCCGCGAUUUUGCUAGAUUAGGAUUUCCUCGAAUGACUCCUAUUUUAUUGGGUCGUUAACAGUUGGGUGUCGUUUAUAUAUUUUGAAAGUGAUGCUCGGUAGUUGUGUGGACGACAUGGAUUUAACUACCAAACAAAAAGAUGAGGACAUUACAUCGGAAAAUGGAAAACUUCGGGCUGCCAAAUCCGUAUUUUCCAUUCGAAAUUUGGUCGACGUGGGUGAAAACUUGGAUCAACUCGCAGAUAAAUUGUCCACUAACAAUUCACAAUCCGUUUCACCCGAGACCAACUCUGAAGACAUGGGCGUAUCAGAGGAAGUGACACCAGCCGCUGGAGUUGAACCCAGAGCGGCGGGUCAAGAACAUAGUGAUGGAAGUGAUCCUGAACCCGACGAAUUUGCACCAAAACGCAAACAAAGAAGGUACAGGACCACGUUUACAAGUUACCAGCUGGAAGAGUUAGAAAAAGCAUUUUCUCGGACUCACUAUCCAGACGUAUUCACCAGAGAAGAGCUGGCAAUGAAAAUAGGACUAACGGAAGCCAGGAUACAGGUAUGGUUCCAGAAUCGACGCGCCAAAUGGAGAAAGCAGGAAAAGGUCGGACCCCAAGCUCACCCUUACAACAACCCCUACUUAAACCCGAGCGCGAGCAGUGCUACUCCUUCAGUGGUGCCAGCGUCACUCCCUGCUCCUUUCAAUUUACCUUUCGGUCUUCGAAAACCUUUCGAUUCUUUAACCUUUCGGUAUCCGCCACACGUUUUACCCGGUUAUCUUCCAGCACCUCCUUCUUACCAUAGGGGCGGACCCCCUCUUCUACCACCUUCCGUUGGACUAUAUCCGUCGGCAAGUUCGUUCCAGACGCUACUAGCUAAUAUAUCUGCUGCUCAAAGGCCAAAACAAGAGUUUACAACAACUCCACCUCUAUCACCUGGAACUUCCAGCGCCGUGACGCCACCAGAUGUCGAUAGAAGAAGUUCUAGUAUCGCGUCUCUACGAUUGAAAGCUAGGGAGCACGAACUGCGAUUGGAAAUGCUGAGGCAGAGCGGUGAUUUGAUCAGCUGAACGUAUUUUUUAUCGAAACGUAAUUGUAAAUAAGCUGGGAUGAAUGGACUUGUGAAUUUGUAUUGGGUUGAACCCUUUGAUAAAAAAAACGGGUAGGAUAUUAUGAAUAACGUAGGCAAAUUUAAUUUUCGUCAUCAUCUUCUACUCACCAUGUGGGUGGAUAAGCACGCCGAAUGAACGAUCUGUAUGAAAAAGGAAUUUCUCGAAUUGAACGAUUUCUAAGUAAGCAUGAUGUAAAAAGAUAUCGGAAUAGAUAUUUAUGGAAUUUUACAUAGAGUCAACCAAAUAUGGCGUUCACAAGAAAAUUUUUAAAUAUGAUUGUAAUGCUAAGAAAUGCCUGAAUUGACAUAGCAAUUAUUAUUUAUAUUUAGUAAAGAGUGUAUGAAUUAGAUGUUAUUAUCUACUAUUAAGAUUAAAGCUAUUUAAAUUCUAAUUAUUUGCAAGGAAUCCAGAAUGAAUUUUUCGCUUAGCAGUCAAAGUAAGUCAAGCGAUUUCUGGUAUUGUCCAUUUUGGUUUCAUAUUACGACCAAAUAUUUGAAGAAAAUGCCUUUAAAUUUAUUAUUUCGUAGUUAAGCUGUACUUAUAAUAAUACUUUUGAAUCUUAGGCAUCGUUUUUAUUACAGUAUUUUCAGUUGUAAAACUGUUUAGAUUUAGUUAUUACGCUAGCAAAGUUUUAGGUUGUGUGACUGUUUUUUCUUUUGUUUUAUGUUGCAAUCGUUUAGAAAAUAAAACGUUUGUAUUCUUUUUUGUAUUAUUGUCAUUUUUAUUCCUAGACUUUUGCCAAAUUCCCAUCUAUUUGAUAUAGGUGCUUGACGACCACUGAGUUUUACGUCACUACAUGACGCAGGAAUACGAAACCAAAAUGGACGGUUUCAAAACAAGACAACAUUUUCCGGAAGUUUUAUUUAAUAAUUUGGUAUUCGUCUAAUAAUACUUAACAAUUUGUCACCUCCGCAAGUAUUAUUCCAAGUAGUGUAAGAAAAUGUCGCCUUAUAAAAGACACUUUUAUAAUAUAUAUGUAUAUAAACUUUUAGUAAAUAGAAUUAUGCUAAUUUUGUUCGAUUUUAUUGCAAUAGUAAUUUAUUACACGAUGUGAAAAUGGAACG